AACUCCGGCUCUGACUCACCUGACGACGGUGGCUGCCAAGAUUGUCUAGCUGGAUGAGUGCCGCCAAGAGAGAGAUGAGUGUCAAAGAGACUUUUUCUCCGGCAUCACGUGACGACGGCAUUCGAUCUGAGACCGGACUGUGUUCACCUCGUCUGACAGAUGUUACAGCCCGGCGGCCGUGGGAGGUCUGUAUCCUGUUCACUACUUUAUAAAAUGAGAGGAGCGGGGCGACUGUGAAUCAUUGCACUACAGGCCACCAGAGACAGUCAUGUGGCUGUUUACAGGUGCAGGGCUGCAGCUUUUCUCCGUCAUCAUUACCUGUCUUCUAUUUGGUGCGAGAGCCCAAGUUGAAAAUGACGUGCGACUUGUAGACGGCCCCAAUCCUUAUGAAGGACGGGUGGAAAUUUUCAAGGAUGGAGUCUGGUUGAGUGUCUGCUCUUCCUACAUCCCGUAUUACAGCUUUGUGAGCGUAGUCUGCAGACAAGCAGGGUAUCCAGCCAAUGGCGCUGCUCUGUACUACGCCAACUCUUACGGCCAAGCUCCUGGAGAAAUACUGAAGCAGUACAUUUACUGCAACGGACAGGAAGCCUCGCUGUCAAACUGUAGUUUCUCACCACGUGACCAGAACUGUGACCCCCAAUAUACACUUGGAGUCAGCUGUGACACAGGUUUGUCGGAGGUGCAGACAGUUCGUCUUGUCAACGGCACAUCUCAGUAUGAGGGGAGGGUAGAGCUUUUCAAGUCAGGAGUUUGGGGAAGUGUCGUAGAACAGUACACCAGCUACGUGCGACCAUUCAUUGCUGCCAAUAUUGUCUGCAGAACUUUAUUUGGAUCUAGCUAUGGUGGAUCAGUUGUGCCUACGCAAGAGGCGGCUCUACGAUUUGGUAUCGUCAGAAGAAGACCGAUACACAUGACCAACCCUGUGUGUGAAGGAAAUGAGCAGAGCUUACUUAACUGCUCCUAUUCUACUGGACAGUACGAAACACUCGAAAGCAGUCUUUCCCUUGUGUGCAAACAAGUUCCCGAAGGAUGCAACGGUUAUGUUGCUGCAUCAACCGGAACCAUUACGUCACCUGGGUUCCCCGAAGGCGCAGUGUACGUCAAUGACACAGACUGUGUGUGGAAGAUCGUCAACAAAGCUGGAAGGAUCCAGCUGUCCUUCACUAAUCUUCAGAUCAAUACUUCACUGACAGCAUCAAGGAACAUACUCCAGGUGAUAAACAGUGAUUCUUACAACUCUUUAGCCUACGUACAGAGUCCUGUCACCCUGGGCACAUGGCAGUCCUCUGGAAAUGCACUUUAUGUGUGGAACCGAGCUCAGUCUGGAACGAAAGGAAUUCAGUUUCAGGCUUCUUGGGAUAUUCCCCCUUGUUUUCAACGACUGAACAACAGAGGUACCAUCCAGUCACCAGGCUACCCAAACCAAUAUCAGCCGAACUUAAACUGCACGUACGAAAUCGCGAAAAGAAAAGGCGUUCGGAUGAGAUUUACAUUCUACGCCUUCGCUCUUGGAGCAGAGCAAGAUGGCGUGUGUCGAGAUGCUCUAGAGAUAUUUGACGGCGACUCCUUCUCAUCACCGAGUGUUGGAGGCCCGCUCUGUGGAACAACCAGUCCGUCUGACCUGACAACCACCAACCAGACCUCAACAACAGUUCUUGUCAGGUUCACGUCGGAUGCUGUCAACACGUCUGUUGAGCGAGGAUAUUACUUUUCCUGUUAUGAAGUGGAACCAGAUCCAAUCAGACCUGGUAAUUACACUCAGGACAGCGGUACUUUCAAAACUCCCGGCUACCCAAACGUCUACAACGGCGAAGAGGACGUCAUCUGGACCAUCACCACCAAGCCCUACAAGACCAUCACACUCUCCUUUCAGGACGUUCAACUUUUGGGAUGCUGUCUUAAUUAUAUUUCAGUGACCGACAUCCCAUGGUACAGGUACACUUAUAUUUAUAGUACGGGUACAACUUCGACGAUCAUCGCUGACGGAAACAGUCUUGAAAUUAAACUGAUGUCUUCGCUGGAUAAUGGUCUGAACAAGAUCAGGGCUUCCUGGACAACAGAAUGUCGACAAGUCUUCCAGAAUCUCAAUGGAACCAUUAGCUCCCCUAAUGACCCGGAGUUUAACUCGUCAUCAGCAGACUGUACCUACAUCAUUAGACAACAACCAGGCUACUACAUCAGGAUACAAUUCUCGUCGAUCACUUUUGAAAGAGAUGCAAGAUGCAGGAACUUCAUAGAAAUACAUGACGGCAGCACAGAGUUUUCCCCCUUACUCGGUGAAAAGUACUGCGGUCUGUCACUUCCGCCACCUUUGACCUCCACACAGAACAUGGUGUUCAUGAAGUUCAACACUCAGACUGGAUCCAACAACUUUAGUCUGACGUACUCCUCGCACCCAAAAGAAUGCUCCCAGAGUCUGCUGACAGACAGCGAAGGAAGCUUCACGUCGCCUGGCUUCCCUCUUGGGUAUCCUAGCAACACCUACUGCGUGUGGACCAUCACUGUCAACGACAACAAGGCUGUCAUCGACCUGACGUUCGACGACUUCUCUGUCGGCUAUGUAGGAACUCAGUGCCAGUAUGCCUUCGUCAGGGUCUACGACGGAGCAGUAGUCGAUGCAGCUACCGUGAUGACAACUUUGUGUGGAACUACUCUGCCACCAAAGAUAAGGUCAACUCGAAACAGUCUGACAGUCGUGCUCAACGUCUUCGGGCCCCUGUCCAACGCCAACGGCUUCCGGGCGUCAUACAUGGCGAGAAGACUAGACGGAGGACUCCCAAAAGGCCUCUAUCCAUACGGAGCCAGUGCAGGCGAUGGGAUACUCGGACAAUCGUUGUUUGAAACCCAGACGAUAACUUUUCAAGAUGACGGAUUUCCGUUUGGAGAGAAUGAACUCGACGCAGUCAACGUGGGUAGGGAUGGAAUCUUGUCUUUUGAGAAGGGAUCCGCAUGGCCGUGGUUUGACUCCACCCGCAAAGUGGUCUGUGCAUAUUGCACCUACAUCAGCAAUGAGCAAAAUGUGUACUACCACCUGUACGAUAACACCACAAGAGACAGCGCAGUGCUAGACAAAGCCACGUACGAUGUCCAGGAUUUCACGGGGUCAGCGACCUUCCAGGCGAGCGCGGUCAUCGUGGUCACGUGGGAUCGUGUACAGCAGUACUUCCCGUCUGUCGACUACAAACCGACUAACAUGGGUGACGCCACGUUUCAAGUGGCUCUGGUCACCGACUGGUCAGAGUCUUACGCUCUGGUCCAGUACCGGGUGGGUCACAUGACCUGGCGAUACCCAGGCCUCUGGUACAGCAUUCAGAUGGGAGUCGCUAAAGGAGAAGUCACAACAUUCCAGCCAAACGUGUAUUCUGGAACUGAACUGGCCUAUGAAAUCGACUCGUACUUCGGAAAUACUGGAUACAAAGGUUACUGGGUAUACCAGUUAGGAAAGAUCCCAGCCAGCUACACCAAGACAUGCCAAGCCUGGCUUCGUAGGAACAAGAACCUGAAAAAGCAGAGAGAGGCAGGUUUUGCCGCCCUACCCAAGUGCCCCUGCUCCAGGAGAGGCAUUUUCAGAGGUGUCGUCAACCAAUGGAGGUUUCAUCGCAGGGACGAGAAGAACUACUUCGAGUGCUUCAUCCUCAACCUGGCUCGCACAGGAGAGUUCGCUCCCUUUGGGAAGGAGUGCUGCUACUCGACCAACCCUCUGAAGCCAGACACACUUGACAUGCUCAUCACAUCUCCACCUUUUGCCGGGGCGGCGCUGGCCUUUAACCCUUUAGUCUUCGCUCAAGGGAAGCUGUACGACUCUGAGGACAGGAUCCCACACGUUGCUUGUUGUGAGCACGGGACAAACAAACAAUGUCGUCGCUACUACAAUCUACGACCCAUCGGAAAAUGCGACCCCAAUCCAGCGAUACAAUGGACUCCCUUGUACGGUGACCCCCAGAUAACGACAAUGGAUGGCAGGAGGUACCUCUAUAACGGUCUGGCAGAGAUCACGCUGGUCAAAAUAAACACGUCAACCGUCAGUUUCACCCUUCAGGCCCGGACACAGAGGGCGGAGCUUCGGCCGGGAACGCCCACCAACGGGACUGUCUUUACGGCGGUCGGGGCGGAGGAAAACGGAGUGAGGGUCUUCCUGCAGAUCGACCCCAACACUAAUACCACUCUGAUUAUCUACGCCGGUGGUAGAGACUACACCACACGUUUUAUGCAAGAGGGAGACAACUUCACUGUUGACGACGGAAGUGUUUUGCUGACGCGAGAUAACGACACGUGUGUUGUCAGCUUUCCGUCUGGUAUAAGCCUGCAGAUUUACAUCCGUAUGAAAGCCUGGUGAUAGGAAUUGCCAUGCCUCACAACUUCCGGAAUUCGACAAAAGGGAUGCUGGGAAACUUCAAUGACGACGAGACAGACGACUUCAUUGUGCCAAGUGGAGAGCGUCUGAACAACAGUUUGAGCGAGCGGCAGA